CUCAAAUCAGGUGAAAAUACAAUUUUUCUAUUGUUAUUUAGCUUCUCCACUUAUCGACUGCCUACUACUACCACCACCCAUCGAUAUUCGUGUGAUUCCCUACUGCUCCGGAUGACGCGAACAGGGGAAAAUGGGAAGGAUCGGCGUCGGUCGCGAAGUAAAUCGAACUCACCGGAGCGCAAGAAGAAGCGCUCUCGUAGCCACGAAAGAAGCAGCAAAUCGAGUGCGUCACGCUCGUCGGCCAGCAAUGGUAGUGGCAAUGCAGCAUCCGGCUCAAUGUCUUCGAGCAGUGGAAGUACCGGUGGUUCGAGCCGCCGGGAACGCCAUCGGGAGCAGGAGCACCGGGAGCGCGAGCGGGAACAACAGUGGGAACGGGAAAAGGAACGUGACCGCGAGCUAGAGAAAGAACGCGAACGAGAAGCCGCACGGAAGCGAGAGCGGGAAAAGGAAAGGGAGAAGCUGCGCGAACAGGCCACGAAAUAUGCGCAAAGUGUGAGCAGUAGUGGAAAACAGUCGAAAUUUGACCAAAUGCCACCCGGCAUGAUGGCCCCACCGCCACUCCUCCCGCCUACGGUGGUGAUGGUGGAAAAGCUGGCUGAAGAAAAGAAGCCAGUGUUCAGAGAGAAACCGAAGGAGGAAGUGUACGAGGUUCCCGUUGCGCCGAUGGACAAGGAGGAGGAACAGCGACGUCUGGAGCAAGAGAUGACGAAGCGCCGGGAACGCAUUGAGCGUUGGCGGGCGGAACGAAACAAGAAGGAGCAAGAGAUCAAAAAGCCACUGCCCACGAUCGUGCCACCAUCGGCAUCUUCGGCCAAAAAGUGGAGCCUCGAAGACGACGAAGAGGACGAUGAAACGGAGGACGCAAAGGAUAAGGCGGACGCCGCUGCCGAGGAGGAAGAAGAGAUCGAUCCGCUCGAUGCGUUCAUGAAGGAGGUCAACGAAGAGGUUCGUAAGGUGAAUAAACUGGCCAACCCGAUGCCGAAAACCGAUGGGAAAGCGUCCAGCAGUGGCGUCACGAUUAUCACCGGCGUGGCAAAGCAAAAGCCUGAAACUAAGAAGGGAGAGCUGAUCGAACAGAACCAGGACGGGCUGGAGUACUCGUCGGAGGAAGAACAGGAAGACAUCAAGGACACGGCGGCCAAUCUGGCCAACAAGCAAAAGAAGGAGCUAGCAAAGAUAGACCAUUCCGGCAUCAAUUACAUGCCGUUCCGGAAGUCAUUCUACGUGGAGGUACCAGAGAUUGCCCGCAUGACACAAACGGAAAUUGAUGCGUACAAGAAAGAGCUUGAAGGAAUCGCCGUCAAGGGUAAGGGCUGCCCGAAACCGAUCAAAACCUGGGCCCAUUGCGGAGUGUCAAAGAAGGAAUUCGAGGUGCUUCGAAAGCUGGGCUUCGAAAAACCGACCCCGAUCCAGUGUCAAGCCAUCCCGGCAAUCAUGUCCGGCAGGGAUUUGAUCGGCAUUGCCAAGACGGGCAGUGGCAAAACACUGGCCUUCAUUUUGCCCAUGUUCCGGCACAUUCUCGAUCAACCGCCACUGGAGGAUGGCGAUGGACCGAUCACGAUCAUAAUGACCCCGACUCGCGAGCUGUGCAUGCAGAUCGGAAAGGACAUCAAAAAGUUCUCCAAGUCGCUGAACUUGCGGACGGUCUGUGUGUACGGCGGAACGGGUAUAUCGGAGCAGAUUGCCGAACUGAAGCGCGGGGCGGAGAUUAUCGUCUGCACGCCCGGUCGUAUGAUCGAUAUGCUGGCGGCAAACUCGGGUCGCGUCACCAACCUACGGCGCGUCACUUAUGUCGUGCUGGACGAAGCCGACCGGAUGUUCGAUAUGGGGUUCGAGCCGCAGGUAAUGCGCAUUAUCGACAAUGUUCGACCCGAUCGCCAGACGGUCAUGUUCAGCGCGACUUUCCCGCGGCAGAUGGAAGCGCUUGCCCGAAGGAUCUUAAAGAAGCCGAUCGAGGUUCAGGUCGGGGGCCGAUCGGUCGUCUGCAAGGAUGUCGAGCAGCACGUGGUCGUGCUGGAGGAUGAGGCGAAAUUUUUCAAACUACUCGAACUGCUCGGUCUGUAUCAGGAGCAGGGCAGCAUCAUCGUGUUUGUCGAUAAGCAGGAAAACGCCGAUAUGCUGCUGAAGGAUCUCAUGAAAGCAUCCUACCCGUGCAUGAGUCUGCACGGAGGCAUCGAUCAGUACGAUCGUGACUCUACCAUGAGCGACUUCAAGCAGGGUCGGGUGAAGCUUCUCAUUGCGACCUCCGUCGCCGCCCGUGGCCUGGACGUGAAGCAGUUGAUUCUGGUAGUAAACUACGACUGUCCGAAUCACUACGAAGACUACGUGCACCGAUGCGGACGGACGGGCCGUGCCGGUAACAAAGGUUUUGCCUGGACAUUCCUCACCCCGGAGCAGGGACGGUACGCGGGUGAUAUCAUCCGAGCCCUGGAACUGUCCGGUGGCACCGUACCGGACGAUUUGCGCCAUCUCUGGGACACAUACAAAGACGCGCAGGAAGCCGAAGGCAAGAAAGUGCACACCGGUGGAGGGUUUAGUGGAAAGGGCUUCAAAUUCGAUGCGCAAGAAGCGGCCGCUGUUAACGAGCGGAAGAAGAUGCAAAAGGCUGCCCUGGGUCUGCAGGAUUCGGACGAUGAGGAAGACCUGGAACAGGACAUUGACCAGCAGAUCGAAAACAUGUUCGCUACCAAGCGCAUCGUCAAGGAGGUGGAAGCACCGGUCACCAACACUCGGGAGCAGACAAACAAUGCACCCGUCGUUCAGGCCCCACCCGUACCGACGGUCACGCACUCCGAUAAGCUGGAGCUUGCCAAGCGGUUAGCGUCCAAGAUUAACCUCCAGAAAACGCUCGGCACGGACACGAAGGGCGCAACGCAGCAGGCAGCCGAGGCCAUACUGAAGGGGGCCAACACGCAGCAGCUCAUAACGGCCAAGACGGUGGCGGAACAGUUGGCCGCGAAGCUGAACAACAAGCUCAACUACCAGCCGAAGGACGAAGAGGAACCGGUGGUGGAAACCAACGAGCAGGUAUUCCGCAAGUACGAGGAAGAGCUGGAAAUCAACGAUUUUCCCCAGCAGGCCCGCUGGAAGGUCACAUCGAAGGAAGCAUUGGCGCAAAUUUCCGAGUAUUCCGAAGCCGGCCUCACUGUGCGAGGUACGUAUGUGCCACCCGGUAAGAAUCCUCCCGAUGGCGAGCGCAAACUGUAUCUUGCGAUUGAAAGUUGCAAUGAGCUGGCGGUAACGAAGGCCAAGCGUGAAAUUACGCGAUUGAUCAAGGAAGAACUGUUGAAACUGCAAGCCUCUUCGCACCACGUGAUCAACAAAGCCCGGUACAAGGUUGUAUAAGGGGAUACACGCCGCAUCUUGUGGAGUGUUCUGGCAAUUGCUACUCUUUAACGGCGGGAGUGAUCGGGCUCAGUUGGACAUUACUUUCAAAAUAAACUUUAAUCGCAUAAUAGAUCGUUAA